UUGUAAUAAUAUUACUAGCUUAAGUAGUUAUAUUAAUAUUGUAAUUACUUUUUUAAAAGCAUGACUACACCAGUAAUUAUAAAUAAGUCACUGGAAAAAAGUGUGAUAGAUAUCAUGUUAAGAAAGUCUUUUAAAGUAAGAGUUGCAGAGGGAACAGUUAAGAAUUCUAUUAUUUUCCCCAAAAACUCUGUAGCUUUUUUAAUCCAAUCUAUAGAAGAACUGUACCCAGGUGUCAAGAACUCUUUUGAUGUAUCUGUUAUUGAAAGAGUGCAAAAGUUUAUGAGAUUGCAUCGCAAUGCUUAUAUAUUUCUUAUAUCAGAUGUUGGCUUCCAGAAUAUUCUUCUUGAGAUACAAAAAAUGUUUUUAAACGAAGAUGUAACAUUUUUACCAUGUACAGGAGUUGCUCAGUGCUUUAAUAUCAUCAAUGAGGUUAUACUUUCCAAGGAACCAAUAAACGAUAUAAUGGCAGAUGCGAAAAAACUUUCAGAGGGCAUAUUUUCAGAAAAUGUUAUAUGUGACAUUAUUGAGAACAAUGUUAGAAUUUCACAACAUGAUGCUAUGGUGGCCCAAGAUGGUUGUCAGACAUUAGCAAACUUAUCGCGUGCUUCCAUAGAGCAGUUAAUGGAAUUCAGUUUAUCGGUAGAGACUGCUAAUAAAGUUCGAAAUUUUUUCCGAGCAAAACAUUAGUCAAAUGGAUUAGUGCUUCGUUGGUCAGAUUUGGUUAGAGGUCGACCAAUUUCGACUGAUAUAAGUUUAGGUGUGAUAUGAUGUAAUGUUUAGGUGUGAUAUGAUGUAAUGUUGUUUUAAACUGGUGUAAAUUUACAAAAUAAUAUUUAUUUAGAAAUCUUGAAAAAAAAAAACUUAAAGAAUUUUA